CCGGGAGCGACAAGUUGACACGUUCACGCUCCUAUAUAAACAGGCUGGGACAGUGGAGCCUAUUACUCAGUUUUCUGGAGAGGAAUACACUACGAGUGACACCAUGAAUAAGCUGUUGGUCAUCACCGUGCUGGUUGCACUCCUUGCUCCCAACGCUGAGAGCUUCCGUGUGAAGAGGCAGGCUGAGGACACUGAGGGAGUGGUGGAGGAGGUGGUGCCGGAGGUGGUGCCGGAGGUAGAGGCGGAGGUGGUGCCGGAGGUGGAGGUGGUGCCGGAGGUGGUGCCGGAGGUGGAGGUGGUGCCGGAGGUGGUGCCGGAGGUGGUGCCAGAGGUGGAGGUGGUGCCAGAGGUGGUGGCGGAGGUGGUGCCGGAGGUAGUGGAGGAGCAGGGCAGUCUGGCCAAGUUCACAGACUCCGUCAAGACCUACUAUUCCGACGCUGUCAACACAGCCAGUGAAUACCUGGAGAACAUCAAGGGCAUGAAGCUGGAGGAGAAAGCAAAGACCCUUUACACUGAAACCACCAACGUCGUGACCACCUACGCUGGAAUCAUGCAAGACCAGAUUUACCACGGCCUGUACCAGAAGUAAACAGAAACUGAUUUCUCAUGUAGCAUUUCUGACAGCAUGAGGACUUUCCACAAGAAAGGUCAAAACCUCAUCUGACAUUUUAAGCUUUUUCACAUCUCAAACAAGCCUAAAAACGUACAAAAAUUGACUUCCUGCUCUCUGUGGCGCUUACUCGGGCCACUGUACUGCUGCUAUAUGAUGAUAACCACCAAAAGAGGAAUGUAAUCAUUUGAGAAAACAACUAACAGCUUGCACAGAAGAACAAGAACAGAACCAGUUGGAGCAUCUGGAGUCAACUUGUACCAACAGCAUUUUCCCUGGGUGGAAAACAAACACGUAUAAUUCAACAAUAUAUCGCCACCUAUGGGUUUCUUCUCAGUUAUUUCACCUCUGAAAAAGUGUCAUAUCUUGAAAUAAAAUAUUUAUACAACACAAACU